GCACGUACGCCUCUAAACCAGGAAGUAAACUAUCCGGCUGUCCUGUGUGCACACUAGAGCAAUAAGACAGAGCAGUAAACAUUCAGCCAGUAAAUAAUUUCAGGGCGCUUUCCUCAGAGCACCGGGGACAGGACUUAUCGCUGUGGCUCUUCCAUUUUUCCUGCGGGUCUUCGUAGAGUCCGUGGCGGCUGUCAGCCGUGGGCACUGACGCAUACACAUACACACAUCUACAGACUGACCUAGACGAUGGUGGACAACACACUGGUUCAAGUGGGCAAAAAUCUGAGCGAUGCCAUGAAGAUCUUGGAGAAUGGACAGAAAGAGCUGGAUACAGGGACAGAGAGACGGCGCUUCAGCAGAACCACUAUCCCUGGACCACUUCAGGGAGAUGGUCAGGAUGUUUCUACUGUACUGCAUCUUGUUCACAACCUCAUUCAUGAAGAGGAGGAGGAAGAUGAGAAGCCCAGCCGGUACAGGAUGCAGAACGUUGGUGAGCAGGGUCACAUGGCCUUGCUGGGUCACAGUCUCGCAGCCUAUAUCUCAGUUUUGGACAAAGAAAGACUGCGUAGGCUGACCACUCGGAUCCUGUCUGACACUACACUGUGGCUCUGCAGACUGUUCAGGUAUGAGAACGGCUCAGCCUACUUUCAUGAAGAUGACCGGGAUGGCCUGGUCAAAGUGUGUCGUCUGGUCAUCAAUACACGAUAUGAGGAAUAUGCCUCUGAGGGCUAUGUGGUACUCAGCUCCAAACAGCCUGUCAUCUACUUGAGUGCAUCCUGCAGGCCUGGUCUGGGACAGCACCUGUGCAGCCAGCUUGGCCUUCCUCUCUCCAGUUUGUGCACUGUGCCAUGCAACACUGUCUUUGGAUCCCAGCACCAAAUGGAUGUUGCCCUUUUGGACAAAUUAAUCAAAGAAGACCUAGAUGCUAAGAAGCUUCCUUUGUUGUUGAUUGCCAAUGCAGGUACCCCAGGAGCAGGCCAUACAGACAAGCUGGGUCGUUUGAAGGACCUGUGUGAUCAGUACAACAUGUGGCUCCAUGUGGAGGGGGUAAAUCUGGCAACCCUGGCACUGGGUCAGAUCCCCUCUGCUGUGAUGGCAGCCACCAGAAGUGACAGUAUGACACUGACUCCAGGUCUGUGGCUGGGACUACCUGCUGUAACUGCUGUCACCCUGUACAGACACGAGGACCCAGCCCUGUCUCUGGCGGCAGGUUUGACUUCCAGCCAACCUGUGGAGAAGCUGCGAGCUCUGCCUCUCUGGCUCUCGCUGCAGUACCUUGGUCACAAUGGGAUUGUUCAGAAGAUCCAACACACUGCCGCUCUGAGCCAGCAACUUCUGCAGAAGUUAAAAAGUCUGACCUCCAUCAAAACAUCGGGCGUGGUGUCGCCGAUCCCGCCUAUCUCCGGGGCUUCACUGCGGGACGUUCUGGGCUCUCUCAUGCUCUCUAUUGUGGAGGAUGAGCUCAACUCUCCUGUGGUACUGUUCAAGUUCUCCCAGGAAAUGAGUGCAGCAUCCAGCGGGGGAUCUGUAGAGGGUUACUGUGCUGGAGAGAAAGAGGUGCUUGAUGCCUUUAACAGAUGGCUGGGUGAGCAGCUGGCUCAGCUGGUUCCUACCAGUGGUGUGGAUGUGGUGGAGCUUGAAGAUGAGGGUACCUGCAUUCGAUUCAGCCCCCUCCUUACUGCAGCAGUUCUGGGAACCCAGCAUGAGGAUGUGACAGAGCUGGUUGAGAAGCUGUCGGAGCUGGUGCCAGUGAUGAGUUCCACUAUGUGCCUCAGACAGGACUUCCGAGAGGAGAUCCAUAGACACCCCGCUGUCCUCAGAUAUGUGGAGGAUAUGAGCUGGCCUGGUCUAGGGGCUGUGCAGUAUGAGCCACAGACUGAGGGAAUGGAUGACAGCAGCAGAAAACAGCAGCUGGACAAAAUCAACAGUGAGAUCCUGAAGAAACUGCAGGGACUGGACACUGACAUUAGCUUCUCUACAGGUCCUGAGUUCGGGAUAGAGAAGGAGUGUAUCUUUGUCGGCAUGGUAACCGAGGAUGUGGAUGUCUCUGAGCUGGUGGACACAAUAGCCGCUCUGGGGCGGGACAUUGAGGAGAGUGGAAGGCUUCUGGAGAACAUGACAGAGGUGGUGCGCAAAGGCAUCCAGGAGGCGGAGCUUCAACUUCAGAAAGCCAGUGAGGAGAAGCUCAUAGAAGAGGGGAUGCUGAGGCAGCUCCCUCUGGUCGGCUCUGUAUUAAACUGGUUCUCCCCAUUUGAAAGCUCAAUAAAGGGCAGGACCUUCAAUCUGGCAGCAGGUUCCCUGGACUCCACAGAGAUUACAUACACCACAAAGGCCCAGGGAGUCAAACCUUCAACAGAAGACACUCCAAAGAUCUCGUCAAAGAAACAACCUGGUCAGAGGUUGUUCCGACGUUCGGGUGCAGACUCCUUCAGUGAAACCAGCUCCGUAGGACAGGCUGAGGAGAGCAGCAGGGAGGGGAACAGCACUGUGAGCAGCACCCAGCCACCGGGAUCCGAGUCCUCUCCACCUGACGCCUCCUACUCUUCGGAGGACAGCCAGCAGUCCACUGGGCUGGAGGCUCAGGAGGCCUCAGAGGAGAGCACCGCUGACAACCCAACAGUGGAGCUGAGCAGCAGAUAGGAGCGCUCAGUGCAUUUCAGGUGUCGUCCAGUCCACCAGUCCAAACCCAAGAGUCACACAGAAGUUUAAAAAAAGGAAUUGUAACUUUUUCGGUUCUGAAAGGAAGCCAAUUGAACUACAUUGGUUCUGUUUGUCCUCAGGACUGUCAGGUCACAGUUAAGGAAAAAUCCACCUCAGGACGCUUUAAAGGGCCUUCCACACCAACAACUCUAACUAAUGAUGACUAUUACAUAGUGAGCUUCCACACUAAUGAAUGGUAACAUAGUGUAAACAGCAGCUACAGCUGAGGUAAACUGUGUGCAGAGUGUCAACCUCCAUGUCUUUCUUGUGCUCUAUCCAUAAAACUCACUUUAGGUGUGUGUCUGGAAUGAAGUUUGCAACACAGUUUUUUUUCAUUCACUUGAGGUGUUUUUUUUUUUUUUUACUUUUUGGAAAAAGAGUAAACGUACAUGAGGAAGAAUGGAAUCACAUUAUGUCCUUGCUGCUGUUUCCUUAUUCUUCUUUAUCGUCUUAUUAAUUGUUGUAUUAUGACCAAAUUGCUCAAAGUGAUUCCAAUAAUAUUGCUCUCCUCUGUCCUCAUGGUCAUACUGUAUUUGUGAUGUGGACUCUUCUAUCCAUUUGAGUUAGAAUGACUUGAAAAUCUUAAUUGUUUUAGUUACAGUUAUAGUUCUUGGUGUGGAUGGGAAUUAAUGCUGUGUUCCAACCAAAUGCAAAGGCACCAUUAACCAGCUUGUGUAGCUUGUGUGAAUACGACCACAUGAGUGUUUUUGUCAGAUGUGAGUCUUUGCCCUUAACAGCCAGUUUUGUUCAUAGUAAAGUACAAGUCAUAGUAGUAAUUAAAGGUCCAGACUGUAAUAGUGUCCAAUCAUGAAAAUGAGAAUUGUGUGUUCAUUACAUCUUAAUAAGUCAUUAAUAUUUACAGAUGGAGCAGGUCGCCUCGCAACAAGCUUCCUGAUUUUCUUUAUUUUGCAGAAGAGUAACAGCUGCAUUAAGGUGCAUUAUUGUCACCUAUUAUAUCUGAAUAGGACAGCGUAUUAGGGCCACGUAAGACAAUUAAAAACACUUGUCACGAUGAGAAUAAAGCAGAAAAUUAUUGAGAUGAAACCCUUAAUUUUAUGAGAAUAAAAUCGAAUAGAAAAUGAGUCUUAGUUUUAAGAGAAUAAAGUCAGAAUAUUAUGAGAAAAAAGU